AUGAAGGCUUCUGUUACCCCAGUCUUCCCACGUCAGAGGAGAGACUUUUCGUUCAUCUCAUCAUGUUCUGUUUGUGUCUUCCUGCCACUCUCACCUGUCAAUUACCCCGCCAAGCCCUGGACUCUCAGUGGCAUACCUCUCCGUCGCCAUGAGAAGUCACAGAGAUUUCGGAGGCUUCACUCUGUGCAACAACCCAAGGACAAGAACUCUCCUGAAUCUUCCACGCAGCAAUUCAAUCACGAGAAAUCCCCUGAAUCUUCUAUAGACAACUCUGUAAGUAUUCUGCAAGCAGAUGCUGCGUCAGACGUCGACACGUCCUUGUGGGGCACAAUUGAGGAUUCUGAGGGUUUAACCGAAGAAAAAUCCGAAGAGAACUUUGAAGAGAGUCCUGAAGAGAGUCUGGAAAGGAACAGUGAGGAUGACCUGGAGGAGAAGAUUGCCCUGAAGAUCGAAAGUCUAUCCCGUAAUGCUAGAAAGGCUCUACGCCAGAGCAGACCUGCGACAGUUCUAGCAUCUAUUAGUGGUCCAGCCAGACACUUGUACUUUGUCGCACCUGCCAACAAGAUCGACUUGUCAUACAACAGUGUCCAAGAAAGCACCCGCCGCGGAGUUUAUAAAGCCGAAUCGCCUCUGAGUAUUGCUUUGCAAGCUUUGGAACCACAUUCGCUGUACUCGAUUCUUGCUCGCUAUCUUCAACAUCAUACCGCAUCGCCAUCACCCGAACAGGAUUUCGAAUAUGAUCGAUUAGAAUUGCAUUAUCUCCGGUCCAAGGGCUACACACCGGAAAGCAUAGAGCAAUGGGCUCAUUCUCUCACAGAGCCCCAAUCAAACAUGGCGGUAAAGAUAUUCGCGCCAGGGGUGGAGACGCCACCUUUGUUCCUGCUUCUGCUGUUUCUACGUCGUAAGCACAUCAGAGUGUCUGCUCUGCGCAUCAUCAUGGGACAUCUUGACCGUAUUGUGCAGUCAAAAUCCCUGAGCUGGUCGGCACUCAAGAUACUUGCGGUCCGUUUAGUGCGUCAUGCGCGUGAGCUCUGGCCCGAGUCAAUCCCUUGGAUUGCAUCUUGGUUUGUCACUGAAGCAACUCGUCUACAUCGGGACGCGAAUGCUACAGAACCAUUCUCACCUAGGAGGCUUUUGGAUAUUACUCAGUUCUGCAACAACUAUCUUAUGCUAUUGUCCCUCCCGGCAUCUUCUCGGCCUGUGCUUUAUGCAGCCCAUCAGGAAAAGGCUCAAUUUAAGAUCCUAGAAUACAUGGCGAAUGCGUCUCCUCCUAUAGUAGUGACGAAGCUUGGCUUUCGGUCUGUAAUACGUAAUCAGCUGGCUCAUGCAAAAACACCCCAAGAAAGAGAGUGGGCUGAACUCAAAGGUCCUUCUUGGCCACCGUGGAAAGAGAAUCGCACAGCUAUGGACGAGGAAAAAGGCUACGAGUUCGGUACUUCACGCGCUUCCCAGCUUUUGCGCCGCAUGUACGAAGCUGGGUAUGCGGGUCAUAUAUGGGAAGAAGUGGCGCAAACAUACGCUGGUUGGGAUACAGAUUUGAGUCCAACUAUACAAACUCGAACAUCAUUGCCACGUAUCUCGUCGCAAUAUGGCGACGACGAUCAACUCCGCCCGGUACUCUGGGCUGGCCGUAUACGGUCGACACGCACACGAAGGGAAGCUUGGGCAUGCUUUCUCUCUUCCGAGUCAUCCAGCGAACCCGCACAUCCAGAGAUAUAUCUUGCCAUGUUCGAAAGAUUGUGCUAUCCUGAGGCAGAAAGAUCAGCCCAAGCAGACUUCUCAUCCAAUACUGGGCAAGUUCCUGGGAGGAACAGCGCCGACCUCUUACCUGGUGACAUGAAGGAGGUUCUGCCCGAUCCCUCGUCUUCACUUCAUUAUGUCUAUCUCAGUGAACCCAUUCCUGGAUACAGACAACUACUCAUACGGAUGCUCGAUAAGCAUGUCAAACCUUCAAAUCGCCUCUUGGCCUUCCUUCUCGAGUGGUGUCCGGACUUCCACAUAGGCCUAAACCUAUUAGAUAUUGCUAAAGACGACUACAAUGGUGGCACUGGCCGUAUAUUGAAAGGCAUACAUGACGAUGAUGCCUCGGUACGAUCAAUCCCAGGCUAUCUAUUCGCAAGCAUCAUCCGCUUUCUGUGCCACUGGGGACGCUUCAAGCAGCCGCCUACAAAGGAACUUUGUUUUCUCCAUCCGGAACAACACGCACAUGAACUUAUGUGGGACCGACAAUACCUUAUAGAAUACGCGUAUCUGCUUCUUAGACACUAUCGGCCAAAAUACCGACCGGCUUGGGCUGCGUUCACGGAAAAGGUGAUGAACGACAAUACAAGCAAAAGUGCCGGAAAAUUCGCUCGGUACAGGAUCAUAUAUGGUCUGCUUGAGGACAUGGAGCAGAUCGACCUCGACCUCGACGACGAAUUGUUCCGCAUAGCCUGUACAGCAACCUACUUUGCCGUCCAAUCCGUCCACCAAGGCGAAGCUGCAUUUGGAGAUGCAAAUCAAAUUCUUAGCAACGGUUCUGCUCGACUGCGAACACUGUUCAACAGCUUAGUCGGAGCCAACGCCGACAUGCACUUAUAUAGAGGUGACAUCGUUCCGCCACACAUCCCCGGACCAGCAGAACUCCAUGCCUAUGUACGCGCUCUGGGCUUCCUCGGCGAUCAUGAGGGACUUUACUCUUUCACCACCUGGCUCACCAAGCACCGCUCAGAAGUUACAGCGCGUGUACAAGCCCAGCGUUCGGGCAGAGACAUUUUAUUCAAAACACUGGUUGCUUUGCGAGCGGCUGUUGAGAAUGGUGGUGUGAGUCCUCAUAGCGAUCAUUCAAAGCGUGCUCCAGCGGAUAUUGCACUUCUUAUCAAGUCGCAGAUUGACAGUGUGGAGGAAUGGGGCGGUUGGCCGGCACAAAAAUAUGUUGAGUGGUAUCUUAUGGGGGGUCUGAAGUCGGCGCCACCUACUGUAGGGGGACGUUGA